AUGGACGAGAAAACAUUGGUGCGCGAGUUGGUUCGCGCUAGACCUGACAAGCUCACGGAUAUGAAGCAAAAGCUGGAGACACUGAACGGGAAACUAGGGAAGCUGCUGAAGUUUCAACUGGAGUUCCACGCCUUGAUAGAAGACAGCGAGGAACGCAGUUACGCGUUAGCAGCAGCUUUGGACUACAAAGACGAAAGUGUCCAAGAUGGUUUUUUUGGCCUUCUGUUGGAGAUGGUGGUCAACAAAUUGAAAGGUUAG